ACAUGCUACACGCUGUAUGCACCAACCUCGGGCUUAGGACAGACACAUCAUCCGACAUACAAAAAUCCGAACAUCACCAUCAGCAUCAUGAGUGAUUAUCAGGUGGGGACUUACCUGUGACAAAAUCGGAUGACACUGACUGGAAUCCAUCAGUCGGACAACGGUGAGCAAUGGAGGGAACUCCCGACUCACGUGACCAGCACAUGACCAGAUGGCUUACUGAGGAAGCAGCUGAAGUACGGAGGAGGAAUGAAGAAGGGAGACAACCCACUUCUGUCUCAGCCAUACAGCAGAACUACAGUGGCCCAGUGUCUCAGGUGGACUUGACCAAUGCUUCCAAUGUCUCCGUCUCCGUCGGGGAGCAAGGAAGUAAAGGAUGUCUGUCCCAAGAACGUUUCCGUCAAAAGAUGGAACUCCUAAAGAAGUAUUUUGUGGACAUCCAUGCCCUCCAGACAGCCAAACAACUCCUUGAGAAGCAUGGUCAUGUCAGCAUCUGUGGAGCCCCGGGGGAUGGGAAGACCAGCAUUGCUCUGAUGAUCUGUGAGGCAUAUCAGCAACAGGAAUAUGAAACAGUCUUUGUGGAACACAUUGAACACUUUGAUGUUGAUACAAUUUCAAAACGACAAUCACACAUGUUGGUUGUUUUUGAUGAUAUAUUUGGCUCUAUUACAUUCAUUUCAAAUUUGGAAAAACUGCAUCAAUUGUUUAGUGCUUUAGUUGAUGAUCGUACUAAAACAGCUGCAGAUAUAGAGGUUUCAAAGAAGAAGAAGGAAGAACAAUCAAAGCAGAAAGACAAAUCUAAUGAAGAAAUCCCUGUCUACAGACUGAAGCUUGUGUUCACAUCCAGGACAUACAACUGGAAGGAAGGAUGUUCCAGGCUACAUCAGUACAAGGUGGAUCUGCUUACAACAGAAGCUGUUCUUGAUAUGGCUAAAGACUGUCUCACGAUGGAAGAAAAGAAACGUAUGUUAUGUUCCUACAAGUCCAAACACCCUGCAUGCGAUAUCUCUGAAAAAGAUAUUUGUAUCAUCGCAGAUUCAAAACACAACAUAUUUGGAUUUCCUCUUAUCGGCAGACUGUUUUUUACCAAUGCUGUCUUCCAGAUGCACAACCUGCAAUUCUUCAACCAUCCACUGACCUACCUGAGAGGCGACCUUGACACCAUUGUCCGGGAGGGAAGCAAUAGAUCGGCAGCAAUCAUCAUCCUCAUCCUGUCUGAUGGGAAACUGAAUCUUGUUUCUUUGCAGUCACGGAAAGCUGGACAUGUAAUGUUUGACGCUGUGAAGGAAGUAGUUCCUUGUUGUACAAGGACAGGCGUUGCCAAUGAGAUCCACAACUUUACUGGGAUCUACUGUACAGUCGAGGAUCACAUGGCAUCUUUCUCCCACCCCUCCAUAUACGAUGCUGCUGCCUGUGCUGUAGGACAUCUCAAUAUCGUGUUGCUGCUGGGACACUGCUCCCUGAAAUUCUUGUAUGAAAGGGUGAGACUGGAUAAGAGUUCUGAGUCAACAGGCAUGGACGAUGUCACAAACAUGAUCUCCAUCACUCCCCAACUACACCCAACAGUAGUGAACAGAUUGGUGGAAGGUAUCCGACAAGGAUGCUUCAUUUGGACAGUAAAACACUUAGUUCUCCGUGAUGAAAGCAUUGCUUCUCUGCUUUGGACAGAGAUCAAUGAUAACAUAGCUGAGACUGUCCUGCGAAGGGAUAUGGACACUGGUGAAAGCUUUUUGCAUUUGGCCUCCCUCUCUGACAGUUACUUUCUAUUCUCCAAGUCUUUAGAAGUUGCUGUGAGACUGGGUGACAGAGCACCUGAUCUGUAUGCAUUUGUUGUAGCCUGUGUUACCCAUGACAAACUGAAACACCUGGAACACCUCGUUAGAGUUAUGGGUAAACAUGGAGGAUUUAAUGUUGAAUAUACCAUCGAUGGGACAACCCUCCUUCUCAUGGCUGCAAAGUCACCAAAAUCCAAGGUGUUCAACUUUCUCAUACAGAAAGGUGCUGACAUUUCAGUCAGCUCAAUAUUCUGA